CUAGAAACAUAGGAGAUCUGGAGGUGUUGGUGGUGGUAUUUUUGCGUGGUCAGCAAGCCAAGAAUCCCGGAAAGAUGGUAGCAGUAUCGUAACCAUAAAAUCGAGGUAGUUUUUUACGGGGCAGAGAAAACAGGUGGCCAUCUCCUCAAGGCGGAAAAGAGAGAUUUUGAGGCAGAUUCAGAAGUCCAAGGAAAGAGACCAAGAAACCGAGAAAGUCUCGUGGAAAAAGUCGAAGAACAGGGGAUUGGAAGACUGGGAUGGAAGAAGAGCAGUGGUACUGGAAGGCGCUCUGGCUGAACAUCAUCUUAGCUUUCUCCACCGCUGCGUCGCUGACGAGAAUCACAGCACCAUACGGUCGCCACACUCAAGCAGCACCGUCUUCUUCCUUGGACGUCUGGGGGCCGAGCAUGCCAGCCCGAGAUGGAUGGGUUCUCAUGGAAAGCCCGGCUCUCUGGUUCACUCUCCUCGUCUUCUCGGCCGGGAAGCACUCCAGCGAAACCGUCCCGCUCGUCCUCCUCCGACUUUUCCAGCUCCACUACACGCACAGGGCUCUCAUCUAUCCGUUUCGCAUGCGCUCAAGGGGCAAGACGAUCUCCAUCGCCAUCGUCGCUCUCUCCUUCGUCUUCAACAUCUACAACGGAUAUCUCCAGGCGCGGUGGCUGUCCGAGUUUGGAACUUAUCCCGACACUUGGCUCCGGAGUCCGCAGUUCAUCUCUGGAAGCUUGCUCUUUGCGGCCGGGAUGGUGACCAACGUCUGGGCCGACUCGGUUCUUAUUUCCUUGCGCAAGCCCGGCGAGGAGCGAGGGGGAUAUAAGUUGCCACAGGGGUGGCUCUUCUCGCUCGUUGCAUGCCCGAAUUACUCCGGAGAGAUCCUCGAGUGGCUCGGCUGGGCUCUUCUCACUUGGUCCCCCGCCGGCCUCGUCUUCUUCAUCUUCACAGCCGCGAAUCUCAUCCCGCGAGCUGUGGCUCACCGCCGCUGGUAUGUUUCAAAGUUUCCGGAGUUUCCAGCCUCUCGGCGAGCAGUGAUCCCGUUCGUUCUCUAACAAACAAGAAUUCGAUUCUCCGCAACCACAGGCAGGACAAACAGGGAUGAAGAUAGAGAUGACAACGAAGAAUCAAACAAAGUUUGAAGAAUCGAUCGAAGGCUCUACUAGUUAUCGCUCACUGCUGUUGAUUCAAAGUCAUGGUCGCGACUUUAAUGGCGAUGGAGACUUUGCGAUGAACAUGGGACUUUAAAUGGAUCAACUGUCUUGAUCA